AUGCCCAUGCUCUUCACUGACUUUGAUGAAUCAAAGCCCCCCAGUGUGGAACAGCUGGACACACUGAGGGAGUUUGCUGGAAUUGCUGCUGGAGCCUCAGCUCCCGAGAGCCUGGCUACUCUUGCCUUUCUUUAUCUGUGCCUGGCUAUUUCAGCUAAGUAUGGAGAUGUGCCCAGCGUGGAGGUGCUGGUGUGGUCGGAGCUGCCCACGGGAGCGGGGCUGGGCUCCAGCGCCGCCUACGCCGUCUGCCUGGCCGCGGCGCUGCUGGCGGCCUGCGGGGCCAUCUCCUGCCCGCUGGAGGAGGGACAGCCCGCGGCCAGGUGGACAGAAGAAGAGCUGACUUUGAUUAACAGCUGGGCCUUCCAGGGGGAGCGGGUGAUCCAUGGCAAUCCCUCGGGUGUGGAUAAUGCUGUUGGGACCUGGGGUGGAGCCCUGAGAUAUCAAUCAGGAAAAAUCACACCAUUAAAGAGGGUGCCAACACUGAGGAUCUUGCUGACAAACACUAAGGUCCCUCGAAGCACCAAGGUCUUGGUCGCUGGUGUCAAAGAGAAGAUGCUGAAGUUCCCUGCUAUAAUGAACCCAGUGCUGGACUCCAUCGAUGCAAUUUCUCAGGAGUGCCAAAGUGUUCUGGAAGCAAUGCCUGCAAAUCCAUCACCAGAGUAUUACCCUGUGCUGGAGGAGCUCUUUGAUAUAAACCAGCACCACCUAAACGUGAUGGGUGUCGGCCAUCCCUCCCUGGACAGGCUGUGCCAGGUGACAAGGUCCCAUGGCCUGCACAGCAAGCUGACCGGGGCUGGCGGGGGCGGCUGCGGCAUCACCCUGCUGAGACCAGACACCUCCCCUCUGGCCGUGGAAGCAGCCAAGCAAGACUUAAGUGCCUGUGGAUUUGAGUGCUGGGAGACCAAUAUCGGGGGCCCUGGCGUGACCCUGCACUCCCCCUCCUCCCUGACGGCCCCAGUGCUGCGCGCGCUCUCACAGAGCUGA